AGCUUAUCAUAAAUCAUCCUAAACUUGUCCAAGCAUUUUCAGCUUCUAAGCGAUGAUAGAAGCUAACUCACUGCUCAGGUUCGAGGUUGAUUGCAAGAUAUGUAAGGCAAAUCUUAUCUCUCAAUUACAAAUCUCUAUCCAUACAUACAGAUUACUCCGUUUAACCGAAGAAGCCCAGCCAAGAGCUCAAGCUCGAUUAUGAUCCAACAAGACUGCAUACUUAGUGAACUCCUCAUCACUCAUGAACAUGUUUAAUUCCUCCGGCAAGGUUCCGAGAACGAGCUCCACGCCACCAUCCUUUCUCAUGGGAGAGAUGACCAAGAAACGAAAUCGUCUAUGACCACGUUCAAUCUGUGGCCGCAUUGUUUCCGGGCUUCCCCCCUCAAAGAAUGAGUCACCAAACGAGAUGUCGCUUGUCUGAAACAGCAUCAUGUUGGAUAUCAUGGCGUUCAUGUGUUCGAGACCCAUGUUUGCUGUUGCUGGCUUACUAUAGUCUGUCAUGGAACGCAGUAGAGUAAAUGUGUCAUGGACGAGUGAUGGCGUGAUUCGUGCGGCUGCCUCUCGAAUCACGCGCGCAAUCUGUGAGAUGUUUGUUUCGGGAGAGCAGAGAGUUUCGAUGGACAUGACUGGGCGGUUCAUAAUAAGCAAACUGCCCAUGUAGGACGACGGCAACAGUGACGAAAAGUAAGGCCGGCCAUCAAUUGGCAUUUCGAGAAUUGACAGCUCAUCAGGCUGAAACACCUGGUUCCUGAUCUCCUUGGCCACUCUAUAUCUAGACCUGAUUGACGCACGCCAGAAAAAGGCUUGCACGAUGUCAAUCACUGAUGUAGAGACACCCUUGGUUCCAGGAUCUGUCAGGGCUUCUUGUUUGAGUUUAUGGAUGCUCUCCCCGGAAAGAAGGAAGACUGUAGUGCUGAGUGAUCGCUCGCUCGGAGCAGCGGGCCAUACUGGGCUUCCUGGGAACAUAGGGGCGGGAGGGAGAGUAUUCUGCGUAGUACGAGGCUUUUUGGCAGCCAUGAUCUCGUUGUGAGAGGCUGUCCCAUUGCGCAGGUCGACGCCAAUCUCGGGCGUGAAAGGAAGAAACCCCCACGUGCCAGGAUCAACCUCAUGAACCGGCUUUGCAUAUCCUUCUUGCUCCCAAAUAAUCUCAGGAAGAUCAUGAUUGAAGCUUUCGGGAUCGAACCAGUCACACGUUGCCGUCUCAUCGCCGUCAAGAUACCGACAGCACUCGGCCCAUACUCUAAUUGCCACCAUGACGCCAACAGCAUCUAGACAGGUGUGAAUGAAGUUGGUGGCCAAAAUGCACCCACCUUCAACGAAAUUGGCCUGUGCGACAAGUAUAUCUGCUGGCAUCCGAGGGAAAGGUGGACAAUCUAGUACAAGGUCAUCGCUGAACAAAGAUGGCGAGAAGCCCGCUUGACGCAUCUUCCCAAACGACGGAAGGGCCCGAGAAAGGUCUUUGUAGACCAACUGCCUCGGCUUGGAGGAGGCUGGCAACGGGUGAGGAGGUAUUGUAAUGCGAUACUCGCCUUUCUUAUAUCCAAACUCGUGCUCCGAGGCCAGCAUCAUUCUGCCGUCAAGCUCGGGAAUGAUCUCAAAGGCACGAACAAGUCCAGCCUGUAACUUGGCAAAGGCUUCUUCGAAGCUGACGCCUGGCAGAAGAGCGAAGUAGAAGUUGAGACCCAUGUAGUGAUUGGGAUUGACAGCAUCAAAUGGGUUCAUCUUGGAUCCCAGACGUCGCUUGCGAUCACCUACAAUCUUCUUCAUCUCAUCACAUUCGAUGCUUGAACAUGGUGUGUCUGCCGUUGUGCUUGUCUCUGCGUCAUUCAAUGAGCUCAUCGCAGUUUUCCUGGCCUUUUCUUCUUCUAAUAUCUUGAGAAGCUGGACAGAAAACUCGCCUAUCGUUGGAUGGGCAUACAAAUGGCGGGGAGCCAGCCUUUCCUCCAGCCCUGUAACGGCGCGGAUGAUUCUGAUGACCCGAAAAAUGAGAAGAGAAUCUAAGCCGAGGUCAAAGACGUCCUCGUCGGUCGGGAAGUCCUCAACCUCUGGCAAAACGGACCGUAUAACAUGAGAGACCGAUUCUCUCACGGUGUCAAUCGAUGUAGUGUCGAUCGAGAAUGCAUCAAAAUCUUCAUCCUCAGCUUCCUCAUCUCGGGAGAUGUAGAAGCGCUCGAUAAAGUCUGCAUAAAGAUCUAGAGUGGCGCGGCGUUUGAUGGUCUGUUUGUCUGUUCGUAUAAAGGGCCUGUCUACCUCGGAGAAGGCUAUAUACUCUCUUUGCAGUCGAGUCUUCUGGAAAGUAGAGUUAUUUGCCCUCUCAACGAUCGCCCAGAUGCUAUCGAACAGCUCGUUGUUCUUCUCGGAGUGGUCUUUGAGCUCAAUCAGAAGACCUGCUUGAGGUUUCCCAGUGCCAAUCAUAAGGCAGCCUUCGACUGCAGGAUGCGUCGUUACCAAAGCCUCUGUGUCCAAGGGAGAGAUCUUGUACCCAUUGGAGAGUACAACGACAUCAUCACUUCUACCACUGAAGGCCCAGAGAUUUGGAUUCGUCGGGUGUCUGAUGUACAGAUCCUUGAGAUUGACUGAGCCCUGGUCAGGGAAGGUAUAGAAUAUCCCCUGGAAUAGAGCCCAGUGCUCAUUACGGUGUACCCAGUGUUCGUAUACACCAGGCUGCACCUCUUUGAACUCAAAUCCUGAGUAGGGAUGAAAAGCAAACCAAUGCCAGUCUUCUCUCGGAACCCAAAGAUUGCCGAUAAAGAGACCUUCCGUUGUGCCUGUGAGGUUGAGUACCCUGACUACUUCAUUGACCUUGGAAACAAUGGCGGGGCUGACGGGACCUGAAGAUGAAUGUCAGUGAUUCACGCCCAUUGCCUUUCAAGAUGGGUUAAAUCUACUCACCACCAGAGGCGCAAAUGAACUUGGAAGAUUUGAACUUGGCCAAAACUUCUGAGUUCUCGCCUAGCUCGUCCACAAGUGAAGGUACCAUACUCCAUAUGUCGACAUGACCAGUGAGUGACUCAAUCAGUCCUAGAUUGGGCAAGACACCCGAAGGCCCAAGGAUACAAUGAAGAUUGAACAAAGAAGGCAUAAGUAUAUCCAUGAUUACACCGGCACCCUAUCAAGGACGUUAGCUGGCGCAGAUUGCAUCAUAUGCAGGUGCACUUACAUGGCUCAUAGGAAAGGAGGAGUAGAUCCGAUCACCUUCAUUCCAAUUGUCCGUCCAAGGAGCCAGCCCACCAUCACCUUCGAUUGGAGGCAGCAGUCUAACGGCAUCCAUGGUACCGAUCAAACCGUGCGUCCACAGAAUUGGCUUUGGUACGCCAGUAGUUCCCGAAGUGUGCAAUAUGCAAAAUGGCUCGUUGAUGACACUCUCGAAGGCCUUAUCAAACACGAAUGACUCUGUUGACUCGGAGUCCAGAAGCUCAUCUACACUCGGGAGAUCGAGAACUCUCAGGUACUUCUCCUGCAAAAUCCCUUCCACUAGGGGGAGCAUUGCUUGCUCUCGGGGCUUCACCCAAAUAUUGCAAUCUGAAGCAUUGAGAACAGCUAACGCACCGGUGAUGUUGUUCUUUGGCGAAAGAAAGAGGGCCUGUUUGGAUUCAUUUAGCAUCGUUUGUCCAAUGACGGGCUCUGGGACAACUUACAGCACAGCCAGCCUUGACAGCACCAUAGGUCAACAGCACAUGCCGAAUGUCAUCUAAAUGUGUGUGAGAUCUACAUAUAUGAUCCAUAAAAGUUGAGUGUGUACUUACGAGGUCCAAUGUAACCCAAAGAUUGGAUCUUCGGCGGCUUUUGUGUUACAGCAUGCUCCUGUGCUGGAUCGCCGUUGGGGGCUGCAUUCAUUUCAUUGAGAUGUUUAUAGAGCCACCAUGCUGUUUUGUCAACGGCCCGUGCAAAAUCUCGUGCGGUAAUAUCCUUGAAUGCUGGGACACCAUCUGAAAAGCUGGCAAUGGAGUAGACGAUGCGUUCUGGAUCCGCCUUCGCCAGGCGAUCAAGGAUCUGGGGAAUAAGUCUCCUCCCAUAGGAGGAAUCAGUGUCAACCAUUUUGGGCAAGAAAUGAGGGCCCCUUAAGGUUGGUGAAUUAUACAAAGAGGCCUUACAGCAAGUUCAACAGUGCCAACUUUAUCCCAGGCGGUGGUGGGUUAGCGAAGUGGCAGGUAACAAAAUGUGAGACCACGAUCCUAGACGACAGAAAGAUUAGAGCUGCUUUAGAUGAGCUUAUCAUAACAAGUUCUAAGCUUUGGCAUUUUAUUUUUUCCACCCUAAGGAUCCGCAUUAUCUUGGAAUUCUUUUUGGUAUAGGUGUCGGAGAGUUUGAGUCCCAUCCAAUCAAACACGGUACAAGAAACAAACUCAUUCUCGCUCAUGAGAAACUUUUUUUAUUUUUUCUCAUUAACGCCACUAACCAGAAGCUCGCAUGACAUGCCUGUGUAAGGUUAGCCACAAUUGACGAGACGACGUUUGAGCACAUUGUUUAGUGUCUUGAUGCAUGUAACUUGCUCAGUCCCCCUGUCCACUCUUGAUCACCCUGGAUCGUGAGCAUAUAAUCAGCCUCAAGUGGGUACCUUGUGCGCAGUUUCUCACAGCCGCGUUGAUGCCACUGCAUGCUAUACGAGUUCCUUCUCAUCGUCUCACACAUACUCAGCUCAGUUGAGGUUCCUGCAGCUUGUCACUACAGUGCAUACGCCGACGCCCGAAUAUCGUCAGAUCGGCCGAAUCCUCUGGCGGAAUUGGUCAUCAAGACUUUCUUCUGACGCCCAGACUUGACCCUGCACAUGUUUAGCUUCAUAUUUAAUAUCCAUGGAAACUUGUAGUCGGGUUCAAACUUUGACCGCUUUGCAUAUUUCCACCGCAAACCCAACAUAUCAACGAAAAGUGUUUCAUCUUGAAAGUUGAAAGCCAACACGGAUGCCGUGCUACCUCAACGCAUCUUAGUCUCAAGACAUACCCCAUCUCCAUGCAGAUCAUACCGUCGUAUCCUGCCCUCGCGAACCAACACGGCAUGACUGUCACUUCCAAAUAUGUCUCGGAUGCUUCCGUCCAGGAACAGCAUAGCAUUACCAAAUCUGGAGCGGUCUCGACGGUGAGACCUAUCGCAGAGCAGCAGGAUGCAGAUCCGUCUGUGCACGCAGUUUCCUCCAAGAUCUUGGACAUCAUCUUCGAAUAUGCCCUGAACAAAUUCAGCGACAGCAAAGAAAGGCUUGAGGCUGGUAGGCCCAAGUUUCUGUCCGUGGUGAGCAAAUUCGUGGCUAUGAGUACAAGAGUUGAGAUGUGCCUACCAGCAUUUCCUUUCAAAUCAGCAAACAAAGCUUACAAAGUGUUUGGCAUACUGCCCGACAAAGCGGAAGAGAUUGCCUUGGAUCGGCUUAAUACCAUGUGCAUCCGCAUUGGCGAGAUAUAUCAGCCUGGCGCUCAAUGCACUAUCAUCUCAGAUGGCGUUGUCUACAACGACCUAUUGAGUAUCUCCGAUCGCGACACCUGGGCCUACGGGCAGGCACUUCGACAAUUGGCCUCUGACAAAGGCUUUCAGUACAUAUCCUUUUCUAGGAUCCGAGACUUGGUCGACAUCCCCCUUCCAGCUGAGCUGCAUGAGAUUGCUUAUGUCGCUAACGCGACCAAUUUCCGACGAGCCCUUCUCAACCGUUUCGGAAAAGACGAUAUCGAUAUCGACGAAGAAAUUGAGAAAGACCCAGAUACCAAGAUGACUUACCUUGGCUAUCGUCGAUUCCUUGAAUCUGACCUAAAGCAUAUCUUUCCCGUCGGCAAUGGACGAACAGCAAAUGCAUAUCGAAGAGAUGUUAGGUAUCUUGCGAAGCAAAUGUUGAUUCGAGGUUAUGCGUUCGCUGCUGCUGUCAAGCACGGCUUCCCUAACCACCUGCGACUGUCUAUUCAUCAAUCCACUGGUGAAUACAAGAUAUCUAUGGCCUUACUCAACACCAAGACGGGCUUUACUACCCCUUGGCACUGCUGUGUUGCCCUGACAGCAACCGGAGAAUGGACCAGUGCUCCAAAGGGAGAGUACUUGAAAGACCCAAGUAUGGAGAUUAUCCACGAGAAUGGUCGACCUAGCUACUUCCAAGAGAUUGUUGGAAGUAAUGAACCCUAUCAAAAGGCUGAGUCAGAGAGUAGAGAGGCGAACAGCAGUGAUAGUCAGAGCACUUCAUCGCUUACUGAGCUUCAAAGACCAGUCUCCUCGCCUCUGACAGAAGCAGACAGAGAAAGACUGGCUGAGCUUGCAGAACUCGUGAUAUCAGCCAGCUUCAAGCGUACCGACGACCACAUGAAGUCAGACCGCUCAGAUGUGGACAAGGCUCUAGACUGCAACGCAAACGAGCUCAGGACAGUGGCGUGGCUCAAAGAACUAAUAAAUGUUAUGGAUAGAGGCACUGGAGGAGAUAACGAAAAGGUCGAUGGUGUAACUUAUCAAAGCAUACCAGUGAACGGUGUACGCCAGCUUUCAAAUGCCUAAAGCCAUUCAGGUCACAGCUUGGCCUGAUUUCUUCAGGUAUGAGAGUGAAUUGAGAUACAAGAUUAGAGCGUAUAAGUAGUAAUAGAAAGACUUUCCUCGUUAUUGCCGGUU